AUGAGAUUCAAUGUUCCGGAGGCUAUGUACACAGAAGACUUGCCAGCAUAUCCCAACGAGGUAUUUGGGGCUUUUGUCCUCAGCACUAUUGGUAGUGGUAAUAUUGUGUCUAUUGAUGCCAGCGCUGCAUUGAACUAUCCAGGAGUCAUAGCAUUCUACAGUGCAAAAGAUAUCCCUGGCUUGAAUGCCUUCACGCCGAAUAACGUCGUUCUUUACACGAAUUAUGAAGAAGUAUUGAGUAGUGGAACUAUCAUGUUCUACAAUCAGCCUAUAGGCAUCAUAGUAGCAGAGGUCCAGCAGGUCGCUAACAUAGCUGCUAAGCUUGUGAAAGUGACUUACGGAAAAGUAAAAAGACCAAUUGUUCACAUAGACGAAGCGAGGAAAGAUCCAAGCAGGAAUAAUCUGUUCAUGACAGUAACUGCGCAAGAUCGGGGAACAAAUAUAGACAGAGUGAUAAAGAACCACGCAGGGGUAUAUGGUCAGUGCCACUUCCUAUGGAAACGUUGGCUUGCGUCGCGAUUCCAACGGAGGAGGGAUUGGAAGUGCACUCGACAGCGCAAUGGAUAUCAGGAACUCAGCAGGUGAUAGCUGCUGCUUUGAAUGUGGAUGCGAAUAAGAUCGAUGUGCACAUCCGUCGCAUAGGAGGCGGUUUUGGUUACAAGCUAUCCCGUAACAUGCAAUCGGCAGUGGCGUGUAGUGUAGUGGCAUUUUUACUGAACCGGCCUUGCCGAUUUAUUCAACCAUUAACGACGAAUUUGAAGGCUAUGGGGAAGAGGUUACCCACUGUCGCUGAUUUUGAG